GACAUGCAGAGAAUCACCCUGGAGGAGCUGAAACACAUCCUGUUCUGCGCCUUCCGUGACCACCUCACCAUGAAGGACAUUGAGAACAUCAUCAUCAAUGAGGAAGAAAGCCUAAAGGAAAACUCUGGCAACUGUCAGACAGAGUUUGAGGGAGUUCACCCCUCAAAGAAGAACCGUCAGACGUGCGUGAGGAAGAGCCUCAUCUGCGCCUUUGCCAUGGCAUUCAUCAUCAGCGUCAUGCUCAUCGCAGCCAAUCAGAUGCUGAGGAAUGGCAUGGAGUAGCUGUGCCCACUGUGAGCUGGAAACAAGCCAGCCUGCAUGUGCAUGCCAGUGGGUGAGGUCGUGUCCCUGUUGAUUGGAAAAGAACUGCAAGGAGUAACGCUCGAAAAAAUCAACGAAAUCUGUUUUUAAAAUUGUUUUUAGUGUUUUUGGACGAGGGCCACGUCUCCACCCGACGUCCAAUAAAACCAUGAAGCCAGCAUGAGGAGUCGCGCAGGACUCCUCCCCCUUUACUCUGACAGGGACACUCAAGGGCUGACAUUACACAUAACAUACUGUUGUCUGUGUUUCCCUGGUGUAAUAAAAAAAUAAAUAAAAAAUCCGACAACGAUGCAGGAGUUAAGAGCUGUUCGUUUUCCCAGCAGCCGAAAGUGAUGCACUUCUGCUGAUCUGUCACCCACCAGAAGACUCGCGAGCUAUCAGGGCUGCAGUCUGGCUCCCAGGAGAGAAAGGAAGGAAGGAAAUAUUUGCCCUCUUAUUAGAGCUCCUGAGAAAAGAUGAUGGCAAAGCUUGCCACCACUGAAGCAGGAGGAUCUGUACAGGCCACAGCUUCUCUCACGUUAUAAUACUCCAGCCCUCAUCUAACUACUUUCUCUGGGGGCUAGUAGGUGCUGGCAUCAGUUCAUCAGCCCUAGAAGCCAAUCAGUCAAGCAUCUGAAAUGUUAUAUAGUAACUCCGGGCUUUUCUUUUGAAAGAACACAGAAGAUUGGGAAAUAUGUUAUUUUUUCCUCUUCCUGGACACUGUUGGAUGAACAGUGUGCAGAGUGCAAAGAAAAAGUCCUAUUUACAGAAAAAAAUCCACCCUCCAAUGCUCUAGGUACUGUGUGUGCGUGCGUGCAUGUGUGUGUGUGUAGUAUACAGGUGUGAAUCCAUUGCAUUCAACUGUGUCAUAAUGUGUAGGUGGAAAUAGCGAGGAUAAUGGUAGAAUCAGAGUGGCGAGAUGUUUUUCCAGCUGAGAAAACUUGAAUCUUGCCUUCUAAUCUAAAUGUAAAAUGUUUUGUGGCGUUGAAGCAUUCAGGCUUCGUGUCAGAGUUCUGCUACCUAACCCUAACAUAUCACUGUUUUAAAUACUUCUUUAACAAAAGAUUUUAUGAUCUGGAAAUACAUCUGUGACAUCAUCGUGUGGCAUCAUCGUCAUAACUCGUUUAGGAAGAAUUCAACCAACCAAAGACAAGUCACCACCAAGAGAGUGAUAAAGUGUUUCAGGGUGGAUUUUUUUCAUUUGAAUUUUGGGUGGGGUUUUUUCUUGUCCUUUAAAUCACCCCACAUCAAUUUAAAGAUUUCUUAAUGCUGUGAAAAAUUGCUGAGCAGUUCUAAAACCCAAAUUUAAAAGUUUAGUAUCAUCAUAAAUGUGGUAUAUAUUAUUAAAAUCAAAGGGUUUUU